AUGACGAAUAAUGAGCACGAAACAGUUCAGGCUCGUAAAAGAGGCAGCAAUUUCAGCAAUGAUGCCUCACCCUUGCCCGUACCACCCCCUCCCGACGGUGGAUUUCAUGCUUGGGCGCAGGUUGCCUCCGGUCAUCUGGUCGUAGCCCUGACCUGGGGCUACGCUGCCAGCUUCGGCGUGUUCCAGAGCCAUUAUGAAUCUACAUUGCCUAACCCUCCGUCCGACAUUUCUUGGAUUGGGGGCUUCCAGGUAUUCUGCCUUUUGUUCAUCUCGACACUCUCCGGCCGAGCAACAGACGCGGGGAUGGCAAGGCCAGUGGUGGCUGCCGGCGCAGUCCUGCUGGUUUUGGGCACCUUCAUGACUAGUCUAGCGACGGAGUACUGGCAGAUCUUUCUGGCCCAGGGGCUUUGCAUUGGAAUUGGCCAGGGCCUCAUGUGGCUGCCGAGUGUGACGCUGAUCUCGACAUAUUUUAUGCACCUGCGCGUCUUUGCUGUAACAACUGCAGCCACGGGCACGAGUACAGGAGGCAUCAUCUUCCCCGCAAUGAUUCAGCACCUGAUCCCCAAGAUUGGGUUUCCAUGGGCCGUGCGGUGCAUGGGGUUUGUUGUCCUUGCCAUGGCAGCAGUCACCCUCGUGCUACUGCGUCCCCGACUGCCACCACGAAAGUCGGGGCCAUUGGUUGAGUGGAGUGCGUUCAAGGAGCCUGCCUACUUGCUUUUCACCUUUGGCGUUUUCCUCCUAUACUGGACGCUCUAUUUCGCCUUCUUCUAUAUCCAAGUGUACGCGACCGAGGUGUUGGCAAUCUCCCGAGAAGCCGGUGCGACAUUGAUUAUCAUCACCAACGCGCUGGGAAUCCCCGUCCGCGCCCCCCUGGGAUAUCUAGCGGAUCGCUACAUCGGUCCACUCAACUGUCUCAUCCCUUGCGUGGCCCUUUGUGGCAUUCUCAUGUUUUCUUGGACCGCCGUGCAGACCGUGGCCGAGCUGUACGUCUUCGCGGUGUUUUAUGGGCUGGCGUCGGCAGCAGCGAUGGCAUUGUUUGUUGGAACUGUCCCCUCGUUGACAAAAGAUCUUGACAAAAUUGGCACUCGGGUCGGAAUGGCGCUUACAAUGAUCAGCUUUGGCCCAUUGACCGGUCCAUCUGUGGCGGGGACAUUGAUAGCGCGCACCGGAGGGGGGUAUCUGGCUGCGCAGCUGUGGGCAGGAGCAGCGUUGCUCGUCUCCGUCUUCGCUCUCGUUGGAGCACGACUCAUCAUUUCGGGACCACGGGUUCAGGCAAAGCUUUGA